AUGAAGUUUAGGAAAAGUAAGGAUGAGGAACCCACUGCACCUGGGCAAGUGGCCAUUAGAAAGCGAUCUAGAGUUCCAGGAGUAAUGAUCACCCAGUUUGUGGAAGAAAUCCCAGCAGGAAAAAGCCACCCCGACUUCACCCGCAAACCUAUUGCCCUUACCAUUCAAGAAGGAAAGUUUGCGUUUUUCAAAGCUAUUGUUACUGGAGAUCCAACACCAACCGUUACAUGGGCUCGAAACAAUGGAGAUAUAUCUGAUUCUGAAAGAUAUAUUGUUUUGUAUGAUCCAAACACAGAAGAACAUCAGUUACAGAUGCCCAAUGUUGGAGUUGAUCAAGCAGACACCUACAAGUGUUUUGCAAAUAAUGAAUUUGGACGUGCUAUGGUCACUGUCACUCUCAAUGUGAUUGAAGUUGGAUUCAAAAAGAGCAAAGCAAUGCAGGAGUCACGAUUAGAACAACGAGAGAAAGCAGCCACUGAUUUAAAAAAGACCCUGAGGACCCGAGCUGAACGCAAAAAAGAGGAGAGGAAAGAUGGAGAAGUAGAUGAGAAAUUCUGGGAACUGUUGCUGAGUGCUGAUAAGAAAGACUAUGAACACAUCUGUGCUGAAUACGGGGUGACAGAUUUUCGCUGGAUGUUAAAGAAACUGAAUGAGAAGAAAAUGGAGAUGGAGGAGCAACAGUCACAGUACGUUGAACACCUCACCAAUCUGAGACACAUUGAAAUUAAGAUGCCAGGAUGUGCUGAAUUUGAAUUUGAGAUGGACAUCAAAGAUCCCAGUGCCAGAAUCUUUCUGUUCAAGGAUGGUGUUAUGGUUCCGUUCAACACCAACACAGAUGAAAAGCAUUCAUUGCGUCAAGUUGGCAGGAAAUUCAUCUUUAGUGUUCAUGGACUCAAUCCUGAAGAUGCUGGAUUGUAUCAAGUGGAUGUUGAGGGGGUCAAUAUCUUCUCCACUGACUUCAGAAUUCCAAUAGUGGACUUCUUGGUGAAGAUUCAGGAAGUGAAGGCUGUGGAAAGACAGGAUGCAGUGUUUGAGUGUGUCUUAUCUGCUCCGCUCUCUAAGAUCUCUUGGGUGGGAAAAAAUGUUCCUCUGGUACCUAGUGAAAAGUAUGACAUCACUGUCUCUGAGGACAUGCUAAUCCAUAGGCUUGUGGUGAAGGAUUGUAUGCAAGUGGACAAAGGCAUCUAUGCAGCUGUGGCUGGAAUGAAGUCUUGUAAUGCCUGGCUAAUAGUGGACCCUGACCCUGAUCCAAACAACAGGGGCAAGAAAGCAGCCCGCAAAACCACCCAAGCAGGAGGGGGUGGCGCAGACCUGGUAAAGAUUGCUGCGGAGCAACAGGCGAAGCUGCAAAAAGAGCGGGAGGAAAGGAUGGAGCAGCGCAAGCAGAUAGAGGCUGAGGAAGCCGCUGUCAAAGAAAAAGAGCCGCCAGUAGAGGAGGUACCUGCUGCACCAGUACAGCCAAAACCGAAAUCUAAACCUAAGCUUAAACCCAAGCCUAAGGUAGAAACCAAGCCGGACACUGAUGGCGUAGCAGAAGAACAAGAACCUGAGCCAGAAGUGGAGAAGGAAAAUCCAGAACCUGAAACAAAGGAAGCUGCUCCACCACCCACAGAGGAAGAGACACCCAGUGAGGAGCCUAAAAAGAGAUUGAGGACAGGGCCCUUAGUGCCAGACACCAUAAUUGACCCAGGAGUUCACUUUACCAGUGGACUGUCAGAUGUUUAUGCCAUCAUUGGUCAGUCAGCUGAACUGGUGUGCAAGCUAAGCCGUGAGAACUGUGAUGGCAUUUGGUAUAAGGACGGAAAAGAGAUAACAGCCAAAGAUGAUCUGAAGAUCAUCAAAGAUGGAGCAGUCCAUAAAUUAAUCGUAACUAACUGCACAGAUGAGGACAGUGGAAAGUAUCGAUUUGAGGCUGAUGGACGUAAAACGGAAGCAAUAUUGGUCGUGGAAGACCCACCAAGAUUGAAUCCAGAUGACUUGGCUAAGUUUUCAGAGCCUGUGAUCAUUAAGGUUGGCCAAAAUGCAAUUUUCAAACUGGACUUUGUGGGUCGUGAUCCAAUGAAAGUGCAGUGGUAUAAUGAAGGUGAGGAGCUGCUUGAGGACAAUCAUGUCAAGAUUGAAAGGUCUUCCAGUCACAGUCGCCUUUUACUUAUGAAGUGUCAACGCAAAGACAGUGGAGAAAUAAAGCUCAAGCUCAAGAAUGAGUUUGGAACCAUUGAAGCCCUUUCAAGACUGAUUGUCCUAGAUAAACCCACCAACCCAAUGGGACCUACUGAGGUAAUAGAAGCAUCAGCAUCCUGUGUGGAGUUCAAGUGGAGGCCCCCAAAGGAUGAUGGAGGUUCUCCUAUUAUUAACUACAACAUAGAGCGUAACCAGAUUGGACGCAACACCUGGAUUAAGAUUGGAAAAAUCCCUGGAGAGCCCCAUUACAAAGACACUGAUGUGGACCAUGGAAGAAGGUACUGCUAUAGGAUCAGGGCCAUAACUGCAGAGGGGACCAGUGACAGUUAUGAGACAGAUGACAUCCAGGCUGGAACCAAAGCAUAUCCUGGACAACCCUCUACACCCAAAGUGGUCAGUGCCUUCAAGAACUGCAUCACUCUGGCAUGGUCCCCUCCAACCAACACUGGUGGAACCAACAUUGUUGGUUAUAAUAUGGAGAAACGAAAAAGAGGCAGUAACUUAUGGGGUCAAGUGAACCCCCCUGACCAGCCAAUCAAAGGCAAACAGUAUGAUGUGAAAGAUGUUGUUGAAGGAAUGGAAUAUGAAUUCCGAGUGUCAGCCAUCAAUUUUUCUGGUGCUGGAGAACCAAGCCCACCUUCAGAAUUUGUGAUAGCCAGAGAUCCUAAAAAACCCCCUGGUAAAGUAAUUGAUCUGAGAGUGACUGAUUCAACCUAUACAUCAUUGUCUUUGAGUUGGACAAAACCAAAGGAAGAGGAAGGAGUCCAAGAUGAAGCUAAGGGGUAUUUUGUGGAAUUAAGGCCAGCUGAGAACACAGAUUGGGGUCGCUGCAACUCAAACCCCCUCAUUUCAACUUCCUAUACAAUUCUUGGUCUUAAAUCUAUGGCCAUGUACUGGGUAAGAGUGGUUGCAACCAAUGAAGGAGGUGAUGGGGAACCCCAAGAUCUGGACAACUAUAUCAUUGCCAUGCCCCCACCUGUACGGCCAAAUUUCACUGAUCGCAAAAUGAAGAGCUUUAUGGUUGUGAGAGCAGAAAAUUCUGCUAGGAUCAACAUAAACUUUGAGGCAUCCCCUAUGCCAACUAUAAUCUGGCUGAAAGAUGGAGCACCUGUGUCCAAACGUGUAACUGUGAGUAAUGCAGAUUGGACAUCUCAGCUCCUAAUUCCAUCUGCCGAGCGUUCUGAUUCUGGGAUCUACACCAUCAUUGUCAAGAACAUUGUAGGUCAGGAGACAUUCAGUGUUGAGAUCAGAGUUACAGAUGAUCCUAAACCACCUGGUCCAGUGGAGCUGGAAGAAAAUGUCCCUGGCACCUUGUCAGUUUCCUGGGACCCAUCUCCUGAUGAGAAUCGGGAUGAUCACCUGCAUUACAUGGUGAUGAAACGGGACUCCAUCAAACGCACCUGGCAGACAGUGGCUGACUGUUUGUUCAAUAACAACUUCACAGCUGUUAACAUCAUGCCAGGAAGGGAAUAUAACUUCCGAGUGUAUGCCAAAAAUGACAUAGGGCUCUCGGAACCAUCUGAGUCCCAAUCUUGGGGAGUUGUGAGGAAGAAAGAAAAGUUCAGUCUAAACCUAGCCCCAUCCAAACCUUGCAACUUUGAAUCUGCGCCAAUCUUCACGGUUCCACUAAAGACACAUACUAGCCCAGAGAAAUACGAGUGCUACAUGAGUUGUGCAGUGAGAGCCGACCCCACUCCCCAUGUCUCCUGGUACCGCAACAACGUCAGCCUCAACACGAACCCCAACUACUACAUUUCUAACACCUGUGGCGUCUGUUCCAUGCUUAUCUUGAGAGUUGGUGCCAAAGACAACGGAGAGUACAAAGUAGUGGCAGAAAACUCUUUAGGCCGCGCUGAAUGCACCACACAGCUGACAAUCCGAGAGUGA